AUGACUCUCUUUAAUCCGACCUCAAUUUUGGUGGGGUUUCUCCUGCUCUACCUAUCCUCCUUUUUCAUAUUCGCUAUCGUCCGGAUCGCGACGGGAAUCUCCAUUCAACGGAUCGGCUACUUCUCGCUGCGCCGAAUCGCAUACACCCCAAAAGAAGGACUGCAUAUCGAAAUUCGAGGCCUCGGGCUCACAUUACAUCCUCCGUCAUUCGCCCAGCCAACAUGGAUCAGCAUUCGGUUGACGGAAUUGAAGGUCACUGUGGACUCGACGACAUUGGGGCAAGGAAAACGCGAAGCGCCUCGCGGAAUAUUGGAGUCUCCUAGUCCUUCGAGCCCCUCCGAGGAACGUGCCGCGCCCCAGGCUGGAAGAAGCAAAACAUGGAGGGCCUUAACCCGAAUCAAGGAACGGCUGAAGAGGCUACACCGGCAGAUCAAUUGGUUGGCUCUUGUGGAUGUGACUGCUAUCAACACUAUCGUCCAUUUUGUCAAUGCUGGCCAGAUUCAGAUUGGAUCGCUGGCCCUGUCGGUUGAUACUCGGAGCAAGAUGGUGGAGCGAGGCAAGUUAUUUCGUCGCAAGAAGGACAUGUCACAGGACCAACGGCCGGCCGAAUGGAUCAUGAAUGUUCAGAAUAUUUUGCUUAAUGUCGACGGCCGGGAACCUACUGAAAUAUUGGAUAACGUUGGUGUGAAUCUCCAUGGACUUCUUCACAAGGAGCUGGACGGACUCAGAGACGUUUCGGUGGCCCUAAAAAUUGGACGUUUGCACAUUCCAUACGACGACAUACGCCUAAUGUUGCAGCACGUCAAACCCGCGCGCAAGUCCACCAAAGGAUCGGCAAAUACUGAAUCCGACGACGAAAUAUCAUUUGCCGACUACGUGGAGGAGCUCGACAAGCCUGGAAGCAGAGAUGAGGCCCUUGUUCAGACUGUGGCGGACUCGAAGGACUUUGCAAGUUCCUUACUCCGUGGUAUACAGGAGAUCCAGAUUGCUCUGAGCUUCUUCCGCGUCUCACGGAGCAUACAGUCUCUCUCUGCAGGACAGAGCCCUGUAUAUCUGAAUGUGGUGUCUCACGAGCUUGGAAUUGAUCUUCAUCGUAUGGAUCAAAAGAGUCCAGAACAUCGCAUGUAUUUCCAACGGGACGAUGUCGCCCACCAGGCUCUUCUUGCUGCGAUCUCUCUUUCGGUCAGCCUGGACGACAAAUCUGGCGAAACAGAUAAUAUUCUUUAUGUUCCCAUGGCUACGACAACCAUCAAGACAACUUUGCCUUCGAAGACAGUGAACGCACUUGAUGAUGAGAACGCCGAAGAGCGAAACACUAAUGUCCUUUUUGCAAAUCUGGUCAUUACAUCACCCUCCAUCGAUCUUCAACCACAACACGUUUCUAGGCUUCUCAAAUUGGCACAUAACCGCGCCUCCACUCCCAGAGGGAAGAAGCGAGAUAGUCAUCACUUGAUUACACGGCUGCUUCCGAAGGCCAGCAUUAAACUAUCUGUUCAUGAACCUGUGGUCAGGUUUGUUCUCCCAAUCGAGAAGGAGUCUGAUACUCCCGACGACUACAACCUCCUUAUCUCCUCCAUCUCCUCUAUUUCACUGGAUAUCGAAUCCUCCCAUUCCUCUGAAGGUGGCGCCCACUACUCCCUUUCCUCUGUCUACCGGGUCGCCUCCCACAAAUUUUAUUAUCAAACCCCUGCAGGCAACAAACAUAACCUGCUCACCAACGAGAAUCUGGAACUGAAGGCUCACUUGAAUGCCACGCCAGAAGUCUGUGUGAUCGCUUCUGGAAGCUUGAACGAGUGUUCAGUUCACAUGAUUGAUGGAGAUGUGAACCGUGGAAUUCGCGAAGUUUUGCAACAAUUCAUCACCCAAAUGCAAUCUUCGAAGCGAGUGCCAAUGCCAGCAAACGAAAGAAAGGCAAGUGUAUUAAGGCGCAUGCCUCGGUGGUUACUCCAAUUCCAAUUCGAAGCCACGGGGACUAGCGUGGAAAUCGCGGGCGUGGAUAGCACCGUUUCUGAUAUAUCGCGUGGUGUGUCUCUGCAACUCCAAUCAUGGACGGCAGAAUACAAAGCCCAGAAAACGGAAACAACUGUCGGUAGCAUCGCCCGACGACGUACUCCCAGUCAUUCCACCAUCGGCGACGAAUCGCCCUUUCGUUUUCCUCCAACAUCCCCUCCCAAGGCCACUCACAACCAGCGGGGCGCUACAGAUGGGCGGCGCUUGGCGUUCCACGCGCGUGGCUUCGAUGGCUUCGUUAUUGAGUCAGAAGAUUACCUGGAGCCCGAACCGUUCUUCUCCUUGCCUCGAUUUGAGAUUGCGUUGAGCACUAACAGUGAUCGCAUGGGCCCGGUCUUGCACGUCACCUCUGUGUUCAAGGGCAUCUACCUCCAAUACUCAUUGUAUCGGUUCUACUGUCUUGGAGUAGCAGUCUCUGUUGUACAAGAUGUACUCACACCUUUGCCGGACAAGCACCCCGAGUCUGCGCAAGCAAAGUCCAGGGGACCCGCUAGUGUGUCUUUACCACCACCUCCGUCCUAUAAAUGGUCUCCAAAGAAGGAGUUGGUUACAUAUGACGUGAAGGCAACAGUCUUCCAGCUAAAGGCACAUUUGCCAAAUGAUCCUCAAAUAAUGAUUCAGGUCUAUGGAAUUGCGGGUGCUUCUCAACGCCUUUCUACUCCCUUUAUCAAAGCCAAUCUUGUUCGCAUGCACGCCGAAGCGCCCAAGAUCAAGGGUGUCUGGGCGCGAAUCGGCAGUAUGAACAAUGUCAGGCUAGAUUUCCGAACUAUGAAGAUGAAACACGGCAACACUCUGGUUGAGGAAAAGUCCAUUGAUAUAUGGACGGACUUUAUUCGAGUGGGCGUGCCGCAUCACAUGGUAAUGCACCGCAUUUUCGAUAAUCUGAUCAACACUUCCAAAGCUUUCAAACAGCUUCAUCAUCGUUUCAAGAAUAAAUGCCGAGAAUUUGGCUCGAAGAGAGAGCCAGAAGGCGCGAAAAAAGUGCCAAGGAUAUCCCUGCGCAGUAAAGCGCUACUCUUUGAGCUGGAGGACGACGGCUUUGAAUGGAAGCUGGGUUGCAUCUACCGGGUUGGCCUAACUGAGCAGGCUCAGCGAGUGGCCCGGGAAGAAGCCUUCCACUUGAAAACCCAAAAGGUCAAGGAAUCGGACCAGCGACGUGCUACAUCCCGACUGCGAGCCAAGUCGAGCAAUCGGACACUACGCAGCGAGCGGACUAGCCAGGAUACAAGGCGAAGCAGAAGUGCCGAUGAACGAGCGAGACCAACUACCCAGGAACGCGGGAGAGGUCGGAAAUACCGUUACGACACUGAAGGCGCAACUUGUCUCUCAUCGGCGCAAAAGAUCUCUGCGGAUGCCGCUUGGGACCGUCUGCAACAUUACAACGCCCAGGCUUGGAAGGAGAAGAUUGACGCGGCGCUCAAGUUCCAGGGUACCUCCAUCAAAGAAGUUAGAAAUCUGUUCUCUGGCGCAGAUGAGCCUCCUGCAGACGUAAAAGAGACAGAGACUAUCCUUGCAAUUCCAAAUAGACCUGGUUUGAUGUCAGCUCUGAUCAGUGAUGUCAGCCUUGUCAUUGACAAGCCCUCAUUUGCCAUCGAUGAACUCCCUGAAUACUUGAACCGGAUUGGAAAGGGAAUGCCCCUGUCCAUGCAAUACGGCUUGCUUGUUCCAAUGAGCUUCAACCUGGAAAUGGGCGAAGCACGUGUCAAUCUGAGAGACUACCCUCUCGAUUUGUUGCACAUUCCGGCUUUGCGCCCAGGUCAAUCCCCAAGACUUCCCAGCUGGUCCCUGCGGACAAACUUUGUUAUUGCAGAAGAGUGGCGUGACCAUGAAUCUGCCAGACAGGUCGAAGUGGAACUUGUCCCUGCUGCCGAAGGACCCGACGGCUCUCCCCGUCAAGCAUACAAAAUUCCGGUUUGGCGAUCUGUCACACCGGUCAAAACGUACUCCGACCCUGUCAUCGAGAUUAAUACAAGUUUACCAACAAGCAUCUCAUGGGGUGUCUCUUACCAGCCUGUCAUUCAAGAUAUGAUGAAGAUCAUUGAAGGUUUCACCAAGCCCGAGAUUGAUCCAUCCGAACGGGUUGGGUUCUGGGACAAGAUCCGACUGAGUUUCCAUUCUCGAAUCAGGGUUCUUUGGAAGGAAGAUGGCGAUGUUCAUCUGCGACUGAAAGGCUCCCGUGAUCCGUAUGUGGUGACCGGAUUUGGUAGCGGCUUUGUCAUGUGCUGGCGACGGGACGUCAAAUGGGAAAUUCACACCAGUGAUAAUCCCAUGGAAUUCAUGAGUGUGACGAGUGGAGAGUACGUCCUUGCUAUUCCCGACUACAGCACGGAAGCACGAUGGGCAAAUGAAGCGAGCACCGAGGAGUUAGAAAACAGUUCAACAUCCAGCGAGCAAAAGAAUGCCGCUCACUUCAAGAAGGUGAUCAUGAAGCUGUCUGGCGAUGUCAAAUGGGCGGCAGGCCUGGUCUUUGAGCGGGACAUCGACAAUGAUGCUCGAUCCUUCUCCUUCAAACCUCACCAUGAGGUUAUUCUCAAGAACCCCAAGUUCGUCGACCCAGCCAAGCGCGCCAAUUACGAUGCCUACCGUGGAUUCCGAAGCGACCACAUCCAUUUGUCUGUUUCGAUCAUUGCGCCGCAUAGCAGAAAUUGGUCUGUUGACAGCGUUCAGCCAUCUUCAAGCUACAAUACUGUCCACCUCACACCACGUUUCUUCACCCAUUUCUUCAACUGGUGGUCUCUGUUCUCAGGCGUGAUGUCGCUUCCUGUUCGACAAGGACCCCUCUGGCCAGGAGUCACAAAAACAAGCAAGAAGUUCAAUCGUCAUCUGGCAACAGUCAAAUACAAGAUUUUACUCGCGCCUUUGUUUAUCGCCCACAUCUACAAACACAAGGAUCGGGAAGAUUAUACGGAAAACUGCGUUACGGCUACAGGUAUCAAAGUUCGCCUUGAUUGCUUGAAGCUUGAUAUUCAUCAGCGCCGUGAGCAGAUCAAAACACAAGCACGGGGUCGCUCAAAGCAGACCAGGACAAGCGCAAUGCGUAUCAACCAAGCUCAAAUUGAUAUGCAGUCUGCGGACUUCCGAGCUGUUUCUGCCAGCAUUGAAGGCACGAACGCGGAAGACAUUGAACGCAACAGGGAUGACAUAAUUUCUUCUUUCCAGCAGCCUGUUCCAUCCGUGGACUUGUCUCGAUUCACUAUCCCUGAUCAUAACUUGGAUUGGGUUGACAUGGAUGACUUCGUGGAGCCGGACUGGAUCCUUCCACAGGAGUCAAAUCCUCGUACCCAGAUUUUACCCCUUGCCUUUACGCCACGCUUCACCUACUUCCGCAACACAGAUCAUGGCGAUGUAGGACCCGACGAAACGGGCUACAGCAGCUUUGGCGAUGAACCGACUCACGAGUGUGUGAUGUCCGAAACAAACGAUCCUCGCCGCGUUCAAAUUGAAUUGGUCAAAGACCGUCUUGCGACAGUAGAGGCCCAGAUUCGCAAUUAUGACCGCACGAUUGGAGAGCAGGAGCUCAAGCUCACAAAAGAUGUAGAUCCUGAUGCGGCACUGAAAGCUGAACAUGAGGUUUUCCUUCGACAGUCCGAGUCCUUGGCGAGACGACGGAAAUUCUUGACCACAACCUUGAAUCGCCUUGAGAGACAUAUCAACCGCGAUGAGCGGACGGCAUACGGCAAUUCAUUGGGCAACAAUAUGGCACCCAGCACAGCUUCUAUCCGAACGGGGCGAACUGGUCAGGAUGCUGAAUCCACGACUGAUGGCCGAUCUUCGGGCCUGGAUGGAAUCUACUCUACUGCCAACGACGAGUUCGAGAGUGAUUUCAACAAUCGUUUCAUGAUCCACAAUGUGCAGCUCAAGUGGAACAACUCGCUUCGAAACAUCAUCUUGCGGUACAGCCACCAGGUCAGCCAGCGGCGUGGAUUCGUGUAUUACAUGUCUCGCCGGGCUGUCAAGUUCAUUCUUGAUAUUGUCGAAGAACAAAACAAGAGCAAGCGAAAGCAACCUAAGAUGUCCAAGACGCAAACACGAAGCUCCAAUAACGACGAUGAGGAUGUCGAGGAUCGCAUCGAGCAGUUGUUGAACGAUGCCAAACGCUAUGUGAACGUGGAAGAGAAUGAUCCACCGGAUUCGAACACUCAAUCACCUUCCAACUCAGAUGAUUCGAGCGAGAAAAGCAUUGCGCCCGAAUUUACACCUCAAAACAGUUACCACUUGCGUCUCAUUGCUCCUCAAAUCCAGCUUCUCAGCGAGAAGAACCGGAAGUCGGUCUUGCUUGUUGCUGCCAAGGGCAUGGAGCUUAAGGUUGUGUCAAUCAUGGAUAAAGCACGUGUCGCGGAUGACGUGAGCGGCUUGGUACAGCGCCGUUUCUCGCUUGAAAUGGACGGUGCCCAGUUCUUCGUCGCUACACAGAAGAAUUUGAUGGCCAACUUGCAAUUCUAUGCUGGCAACAAGUACGGAAACGCGCCGGGAUCGGCGUGGCCACCGUGGUUAACUUUGGAAGCCAUGUUUGAUUUCGAGUUAAAUCCAUUUGGGUUCUCUCGUAUCGUGCAGAAGACUUCCGCCAGCCUACGCUACGACAAGUACAAUAACCUUCGCCUCAAGUACAACGAAGAGGUGUCCAGGUGCCAAGGACCAGAUCCUGAGGACAAAGAAGAUCGCAUGGACUCAAUCAGUGUGGACUUCCCUCAUUUCCGCGCAAUUUGCGAUUCUGCAGAGUAUUACUCCAUGUACAUUAUUGUGCUGGAUUUGAUGCUUUACAGCGAACCGCUCGAAAAGGUCCGCAACGAGCGCUUAGAAAGAAUUAUGCUCACUUCCGACUUCAGCGAUUUGCGUGGCGCCCCUGAGAUGGUGUUCAAGCUUCAAGCUCGCAUUCGCCAGUUGGAGGAAAUCAAAGAAUACUUCCAAAUCAACGCCAAGUUCUUGGAUAAACAGGGGUGGGAGGAUCGACUGGCUCUGGAACGGGACUUAUCCCAAUGCGAGGAUGAGCUGUUCUUCAUGAUGAAGGCUAUCACCACUUCCCAGCGGCGAAUGGAACCUAGUUCGUCAAGGGCAGAUGGUAUCAACGGUGUGCUUCGCUGGAGCCUAUCGGCAAGCGAAGUCGUGUGGCACUUAAUGAAGGAUGCUAACGAGCCCUUGAUUGAGUUCCAACUACGGAACGCCUCGUACGAAAGAACUGACAACACCGAUGGCUCGAACCACAAUCUGGUUUCAGUAGAGCGACUGUUCGGAUUGAACUUGCUUCCAGAUGCUAUCUACCCCCAGAUCAUCGCACCGUACCUCGACGGGGCACGGACCCUAGAUGACUUCAUGUUGCGCGUCAAAUGGCACAUGCUGGAGGCUGUCGCUGGUAUUCCUGUGCUCGAUAACUUCGAAGUUUCAUUGUUCCCGCUCAAGAUUCAGCUCGAACGAGAGCUAGGCCAGAGAGUCUUUGAGUACAUUUUCCCCAAUGUGGGCUCUACCGCAUUUGAGGCUGGUGGAUUCUCGCCUUUCAUGAUCAAAAACAUGAAGCCAGUCGCCGGAUCAGACGAAGAAGAUGACGAUGAUGAUCUAAGCAGUAUACCGUUGACGCGUUCUACAAGCGUCGAUGGUGACAACUCUUCUAUGGACAGCCUCGCUAUCUCAAAGGGCCCGGGAUCUAUUGAGCUAAGACUCCAGCCUACGCUCUCGUUAUCAGAUGAUGUCAAAUCGCGUAGUCGCCCGAGUCAUUUAAAGGGUCUCAUGAUGACACCUAUUCACCAAGACAACAAUAUGCUCGGCGUGUCGGAGACCGCACGCUUGACAGGUCGCCCUGCUACAACGGGAGGUCUCAGCAAGCAGAAGUCCUCCGAGAGUAUUCGCAUGUUGACCAAGCAGCCCACUGAACGAUCUUUGUCUAGCCACAGUGCUGGCGAGGAAAGCCGCAAAAAGUUCGGAAUGGGCAAAGCAUCCAACAAGGGUAGCAAAUCCAAGGAGCCAACCGAUGACUUGUCUCAAAUGAUCUCUCGCGCCUCCAACUACAUGACUCUUGCGCGUGUCAAGGUGAAUGAUGUGGUCCUUUGUUUGAGCUACAAGGGCAAAGGAGAACACAAUCUUGAGGAUCUUCACGAUUUCGUCUUCCGUCUUCCAGUCCUGGAGUACAGCAACAAAACAUGGUCUAACCUGGAUCUUGCCCUACGUCUAAAGAAGGACGUGAUCAAGGCGCUCAUCUCGCACGCCCCUGCCAUUCUUGGCAACAAGUUCUCACAUCACCGACCCUCCAGGCAACAACAGAAGCGUUACCGUGAGCUUGCAUCAUCAUCCCAACUAUUGCCAAAUGCAUCUAGCACGACAAACCCGAGCAAAAGCCAAGCCCAAAGUUUAGCCAGCUACGACUCCAACAGUGAUUAUUCCGAGUCACGGUCACGCAAGUCCAUGCAGUCGAAUGUCUCACCGUUGGCUAGAUCGACCUCAUUGAAUUCGGACUCCCAUGGCACACUAGGCUCAGAUCCUACCCUCCACGACUCUCGAUCCGCCAAUGAAGUUGAUGUAGAUUCUCGCUGGGAGGCAUCGCGUCGAUUCGUCAAUCCACCCCCUGACAGACCAAUGACUUCUGGGCACAUCGGGACCACGCGUGAAGCUGACAAGAACGAUCAAGACGAGAGUCACAUCAAAACAAUCCGCAGCAUCGGUCGGAAGCUUACAUUCCGCAAAUGA